AAUUUUAAAGCAGCCAUAUUGGAUGUCAGAAAAUGAUAUAGAGAUAAACAAUUACUGAAACCAGAUAUUGAGACAAAUUUUGGAGAGUGUAUCGUGGAGCGAGAGAAAGCAUUGAGAAAAUAUAUUAUACAUAUAAGCCAUAUCAUAUUUAUUCAACAUUAUAACUUGCAAUCACAUUUGAGUUGCCAUGGCGACAACUGUACAACAGAACUCAAACCAUAGCAUCAGUCCAAUGAAAGGGACCAAGUCUCAAAUAAUAGAGGCAAAAAAGGCUGAUGACCAAGGUUGGAAAAGUAAACUAAAUAUCCCGCAGAAGGAUACUCGUUUGAAAACAUCGGAUGUCACAGACACAAAGGGAAAUGAGUUUGAGGAUUACUGUCUUAAGCGAGAACUACUAAUGGGAAUAUUUGAGAAGGGUUGGGAGUCCCCUUCCCCCAUUCAGGAGGCCAGUAUCCCCAUUGCGCUAUCAGGUCGGGAUAUCUUGGCUCGUGCGAAGAAUGGUACAGGGAAGACUGGAGCCUAUGCUAUACCAUUACUGGAGAGGUGUGACCCAUCUAAGAAUGAACUACAAGGAAUUGUGAUAGUCCCUACUAGAGAGUUAGCCCUGCAGACCAGCCAGAUUUGUAUUGAGUUAACAAAGCAUGUUGGGUGUAAGGUCAUGGUGACUACCGGAGGAACUAACUUGAGAGAUGACAUUAUGCGACUUUAUGAACCAGUACAUGUGAUUAUUGGUACCCCUGGACGUCUCCUAGAUCUGAUGAACAAGGGACUGGUCAAUGCCAGCAAGUGUGGGAUGCUUGUCUUAGAUGAGGCUGACAAACUUCUGUCUCAAGACUUCAAGGGUAUGUUAGACAACAUAAUCAGCCAUCUGCCAAAUGAUCGCCAGAUUCUGCUCUAUUCCGCUACCUUCCCUCUCACUGUUGAACAGUUCAUGCGCCGUCACCUUAACAACCCCUAUGAGAUCAACUUGAUGGAUGAGCUCACAUUGAAAGGUGUCACACAGUACUAUGCCUUUGUUCAGGAAAGACAGAAAGUUCAUUGCCUUAACACACUCUUUUCUAAGCUUCAAAUCAACCAGUCUAUUAUAUUCUGUAACUCCACCCAGCGUGUUGAGCUCUUGGCCAAGAAGAUUACAGAGCUGGGAUAUUCCUGUUUCUACAUUCAUGCCAAGAUGAACCAGCAACAUAGAAACCGUGUGUUCCAUGACUUCAGACAGGGGAUGUGUAGGAACUUGGUCUGUUCAGACUUGUUCACAAGAGGUAUUGAUAUUCAGGCAGUAAACUGUGUCAUCAAUUUUGACUUCCCUAAGCAUGCAGAGACCUACUUGCAUCGUAUUGGUCGUUCUGGACGUUACGGACACCUGGGUAUUGCCAUUAACCUGAUCACCUAUGACGACAGGUAUGCCCUGCACAAGAUCGAGAGUGAGCUAGGCACAGAGAUCAAGCCUAUACCUAAGGUGAUUGACAAGGCCCUGUAUGUGGCUGAAUGUGGCCAGGAGGAUCCCGAGGAAGAACAAGAGAAGAAAAUGGCAAGGAGAGAUGUGAAAGGAAAACAGUAGAUUCAACAACAAACUUGUACAACUCAACUCGAUAUACUCUUUCUCAAUAAGGUAGCAUUUCAACGAUUCUUCUUAGUUCGCAUUUAUAGGAGAUGAUGAGUGUUUCCCAAAAUUAAAAAGUCACACUUUGACGACAGGGAAUUCAAAUGAAACUUACUGAGACACGAUUUUCGAACAAAUUAGAUUAAAUUUAAACUGUGUAAUAGCCAGAUAAAGAACAGCGUGGACUGUUUUCAAUUCUGAACAAACAUUUCUACAUUAAGGCAAGAUACGUUGGAGAAUUCUCAUAUAAAUGCUACUAAGAAACUAGUGAUUGUAUAUUGCACUAUGGACCUGUGAGUAAAAAGCAGGAAAAUGUGACGGCAGGUUAACAAAAACAAACAAAAUGCCAAAGGACUUAAUGUGUAAUCCAAUGGAAUACUGAAACCAAU